AUGGCGGGCAUCCCACAUUCCAUGCAGUCGCAUGCUGCCCACCAUGGGCACACCGCAGCGCAUCCCUCAGAGCUCUUCGGUGCAGAGCACGAGCGCGACGAGGAGCCAGAAGCCGGACAAACCGGUCUUUUGGCUCUUGGGACGACUGUGUUGGCAUCAGGGGAGCUGGAGUUCGAUGAAGAUCUCACAGCUGUAAAGCACGACGAGGCUCUCUAUAGCGCUGUGAACACCAUGAAGCGCCACAAAACCAUCACGUAUGACGACAUAGUUAUGUCCCAGGGAGUCCGACAAAGCGUUUACUUGGAGUACAUAAAGUGGGAGAUUGACACCGAGAAUACAUUUCUGGAGCUUCCUCUCACGAUCGUUGUGCUGGUCUCUUUUACCAUCCUCGCUCUGUAUAUACUGCACCAGGAACAGCUCUAUGCAAUAGAGGAAGCUUUCGAACGAGAUAUCAUCGAAAAUGCAAACUUCGCUUGGAGUGGCUAUUUUGGCCACAAAGGCAUUGACCAGGUUAUGUCUGUCGCAGACUUCUGGUCAUGGAUGCGUCUUGGUUUCCUCUCCUUGCUGGGCAG